CUUAAAGUUAAUUGGCACGACAACAAUGCGGUCAGUUCAACAUUAUGUCGCAUAUCGCAAAGAUUGGAGCUCUCACUGAUGAGCUGGUUACUACAUUGACGGGUUUGACUCCAAAAAAUGACCCAGCUCGAUUCAGUGCAUGUCGGGAAUCGGCUGUACGAUCAUUUCGAUAUGGAAACUACCCCAGGGUCAAUCAGUUCGACGUCGAACAAAACCUCGUUGGCCUGGAGGAGAAAUUCAGGGUCUAUAAUAAAGAUGGCCUAGCUAAUGCCUUCCGGCAGAGGCUGGACGAACUCGGUACCCAAUCUACGAAAUGGACACCAGAAAUACUUCAUCUUUUUUUGGGGUUAUCAGACCGACCUGUACACAAAUCUAGGCUGAAAGACCUCGAGUUCCUCAGCCCUCCAGAAGAGCACGUUGAGCCGACCUACAAAUGGAAAGACUUGGUCAAAGACGACCCUUUACUACGGGACAAGAUAUGGAGGAAUAUCGAUUAUACGCAGGAUAGUUCGGAAGAUGACGACAUAUACUCGGAUAGCGACUUUGAACCACCCUCGCCCACUGACACGGCCCAAUCGAGUGUUGCUGGGGUAGGUACAGGUCAUCCGUCUGAUCUAGCCAUUGCUAUUGAUUCGACCAGCCUUAAUAGGCUACAUAAAGAGCAAUUCUGGAGAGCCACUAGGCGAAAACCUCUGAGCGUUGUGGAUGCUUACUUUGAGAAACCACCAACUUUCCCCAUCACAGAUCUACAAGCAAUUCGAGAGACACUAUUCAUGCUUAGGGGACUUCCGACGACUUUAUACUCGGAUUUAGACAAGGCAUCGUCAACUCGUAAUAACGGCGAGGCGAUUAUCCGGCCUGCUUCUGGAUUUAUCUUGCCCGGUGUCUCCCAUCACGUUUUCUAUAACAUUCUAGACAAGUUUUCCAGCUACGGCACUUCUCUCAAACUUCUACGUACCUGGACUCCCGUCGACAAAAGACUCCCUUUACUGCAAAGACUUCAUGAGCAGUUUCAAACUCGAUUACGAGAGCUCGACGAGAUAUUUUCUAGUUUGGAAGAGCCAUACUUGGUCCGUAAGAGCGAUGUGAUUGUCAGUCUCGCCGCGACAGAACAUGCCGUGGGUUCGCGUAUGCUGCCAUUCGAAACUCUUGCAAAACUGGUCCAGGAGCAUCAUAACUCACCGCCGUUUCGAUGGCUAGAAGCAUUAUACGAUGAGACGUGCAAAUUUCAAUUAGCAGAGAAUAGCGACAUGUACGAAUUCGUGGGCAGUAUAUUUUUCGAGUGCUUUGCAAUAUAUCUGCGACCGAUAAAGACGUGGAUGGAAGACGGUGAGCUAAACGAAGCGAGUGGAUUCUUCGUCAAGGAGGAUGUGAAGAACAAUGACAGAAUGAGAAUAUGGGAGAAGUACAUCAUUCAAAAUGAUGAAACUGGAGCACCAUACCAGACCCCGAAAUUCCUCCGCACAAGUGCACACAAAAUCCUUACUUCGGGUAAGAGCAUUGUUGUCCUUAAAGAGUUGCAACAAUACAGGUAUAUGCGCCUCUCGUGGGAGUCUAUGGAGCCCGUGCUCAGCUUUCAAACUGUCUGUGGCGACCACGGCAAUUCCCUCCUCCCAUUUACGGAGCUCUUCGAUUCUGCCUUUGAGGCCUGGAUAAAGACCAAGCACCAUUCUACCUCCUUCAUCCUUAGGACAGAACUCGUCGAGUCUCACCAUCUCGGCAGCGUCAUAGAUGGCCUGGAAACGGUCUAUUUUAUGACCAAUGGGGCCAUGUCCAACGCCUUUACGAGUUCCAUAUUUGAUGACCUAUCUCGGGGGACAGCAGAGUGGAAUAAUCCCUUUUCUCUCACUAGCCACUUGCGGUCCACGAUGGGACAUGGAGUUGGAAGGCAGCGUAUCAGCAUUAAAAUUGCCCCUAGCACAGCUGACGUCUUUACCGCCCGGCGAACGGUAAAAUCUCUGGCUACGAUAGAGAUCUGCUAUGACAUCCCUUGGAAAGUAGCACUCGUCAUCCGCCCCGUCACUCUCAACGCCUACAAACGCAUUGCAAUAUUCCUCCUCCAAAUUCGCCGUGCUUCUUACAUACUUUCGGGAUCACUAUCUCGCACCACAUCAGCGCCACCACUAUAUUACGGCCUACGCACGAAGCUCUUGUGGUUCAGUAACACGCUCUAUAGCUAUCUCACUGAUAUAGUGCUGAGGGUCAGCAUGGACGAGAUGCGUAAAAAUAUGGCAACCGCGGACGAAGUGGAUGAUAUGAUUGAAAUCCACGAAAACUUUCUAAAGAAGGUUACGACUCAGGCAUUACUUGGUCAACGGCUCGAACUCAUCCACAAAACCAUCUUGCAGAUCCUAGACUUGGCAAUCGCGCUUGAAGAUGCCCAGGCAAUGCUCGCUCCCCCUGCAGCAUCUCCUACCAAAGUUAUGCCGGAGGAAGCAGAGACAGAUUCAGACUCUGACAGUAGUUUUGAUUCCGAAGACGAGGGGGACCUUAGCAUAUUCCCUGAUCAGAAGGAUACGCCGUAUCCGGAACACCUAAGGUUUAUUAAGACCGAGCUAGAUAGGCUAUCACGUUUUGUCCUUGUCGGCCUAAGGGGCGUAGCUAGGGUAGGACAAGAGAGCAACUGGGAUAUACUAGUGGAGAAAAUGGAAUGCGGGUUGAGCGACGGCGAAGGCCGACGUGCAUAAUGUAUUUAUUAUGCGAAACGAAAUGAGCGGAACUUGUGGUUGGGCAUUGAAUUGGAGUCAGGGGGCUUAGAUACCCAAAUAUGAAAGCGGCCUUUUGGCAAUUAUGACUAGAAAUCAUGAAGUAUAAGACCUUUCAUGCAGGAUUUAGCCACUGAGCUUGCGAUGUAGGGGUCAUAAACUAGGUCUUCCAUUUCCCAAGUUUUUCCGAAGUUCCAAUUAACAACCACCCCUUUUUCUAAAAACCCAAACAACCAUAUCAACGCAACAGCGCCAUCUAUCCCAAGUUUAACACCGGCCCACCAUCCUCCUUACAGCACAACCCCUUCGCGCCUCACCUCCGCGGAUUGUGAGCAGGAGUAGGUAUUUUGAGAUACACAUUGUUCACAUUCAGCAUCCGAUCCAAUUCCCUCGGCAAGACAUUAUGAUGGUGAUAAUCAUGCCUCAACAUAGCCCGUGGCGGUUCAACCUCCGUAUUAUCCGCAUCCUGUGACCGAUUAUCAUCACUCUCGCAAUAUGCCUGAUGAGCACCCGGUGGGUCGCCCCUAUAAUCCCUAUCCCUUUGACGGCGGUAGAGGUCUUCUGCUUCAGCAUUUGUCAUUCCCGAGUCGGAGGGGUCUAGAUAACUUCGCCGCCAUCGUGGUGCAAGCAUACCUUCGCUUUCUACCAUGUCCUCACGCCGCCUAUCAUAUUGAGUAUGCGGAGUAUAACGACUAGCAGGCGUAUCCCUUCCCCGCGAUGCGUGCGCCGGUGCUCUUGCUCGUACAUUAUCCAUACGAUAGGGCUCAUCCCUCCAUUCUUUGAUAACCUGCUUGAUCUUAUCAAAUAAAUCGCCAAAUCCCGCACUCUCCCGCGCCCGCCUAGCCACCGCCGGCAUCUGCUUGGGCCGGUCGUAGAAAUCACUGGGGCCUAUGCCAUCCCACCCUAUCGUUGUCGUUUCGGGCGCUGCGGGAGACUCGAGGCGGAGAUUGUGUUUUCCGGCACACUUAGGCCGGCAGCAAUAGAUCGCUGAUAGGACUAUUAAGAUCACGGCGAAGAUGGCGGCGGUGAUACUCAUGCCGACGACAAAUUGGCGUGGUACAGCGCGGCCGUUUAGGGAGUAUGCGUAAAGGACGCACAAGGUGAUAAUGCCGAGGAUGAUCAAUAUUGCAGGGAGGAUCCGUUUGGUUAGGUUGUAGAGAAGUCCAUAAUCUGGUGCACGAAAUGAGAGGCGCUUAUACGCCGAGUCGGGCAUCUUGUAGGCGGACAUUUGUGAAGACCGAGAGUUGUGGUUGGGAGCAUCGUGGAAAGCCUUUUUGGGUUCAAGAGGAAAUUAUAUGCUUCUAGGUAAUGAACUAGAAUGGGAUAGAUGUCGACUCUUGCGCGAGAUAGAUAAACGAUGGAGAACAGGAUAGAAAACAGGACAGAAGAUAGGCAGAAGCCUCUACCCUAUUUUCUAGGUCGAAUAGUCCAAAUAGGCCUGAACCAUAGAGUUCCCUGCAUAUUUUGACUGAGACCCCAAUUGAGACAGCCCUCGAAUCAAGCCAUGACGUUGGACACUCACUACAGAUUAUGCAACGUACGCGCCACGAUAGUCUCCGAAGCUCUAGCAUCGACUAUCCAGGCACCAUAGUGCAUCGCCUGCCGCAAAAUUCUCAUUAUCAAGAUC